ACCACUUUUAUCUGGAUCUGUACUUGUACGGUUUGUACAUAACUUGAGUUGGAUUGCUUGGAGAAUCAAGACUGGAAGCAAGGGGGGGGGAUGGGCAUGGAUACACUGAACUGUUCGUUUUCAUUGAUUUUGGUUCUAUACAUUGUUUCUUUUGACAAUUGGGAACCGGAAGCUAGAUUAGACAGCUGGGAAAUUCUUUUGUCUGACUUUCUCUUGGACGGAGGGCAAGAGCUCGUUAUAUUUUGGGUCUUGAGCCUCGACGGCUUUCUUCACACAUCUCCAAGUGACUCGCUUUUGCUCGAGCAAACAUGCUUCCUUUCUCUACUGGAGCGCUUCAAUUUGCUCAUGUGAUUUCCCUGUUUGUCUUGCUUAUUGGCGUGUGUGCUUUUCUAGC